UCCUUUUCCCACGGUGACUGCCUGUUCCACAAUAAAGGAAUUUCCUUUCCAUAGGUGUGCAAGUUCGUUGUGAGCUUCCUUUAAACUAGACUUGACUUUGUGAAGUUCACAGAUACUCCUCCACUCGAAUAUCUCUGUUACAACUGCUGUAUUGGCAAGAAAGAAGAACCAUGAAUUAUUGCAUCACAAUUGUGUUACUUCUCCUUCUGCAAUUUGCAACUUCUAGUUCUAGCAACAAUAUUCCAGACGAUUUCACUUUCAAUGGAUAUCUGAAGCUGGAUGGACGUGCCGAGCUCAGUUCAAAUGGCCUCUUCACUCUAACCAAUUCUGCUACGCGAUCGAUGGGCCAUGCUUUCUACAAUUUUCCCAUCCAAUUCAAAAACUCCUCAAACGCUAGUGUUAUUUCCUUUUCUACUACUUUCAUCUUUGCAAUUGUGCCCGGGUACCCGACACUCGGUGGCCACGGAAUAGCUUUUGUUAUGUCACCAAACAAAGAGAUUCCCGGAGCCCUUCCCACCCAAUAUCUAGGGCUCUUCAACUCCAGCAACGACGGGAAUAGGUCAAAUCAUAUAGUUGCAGUUGAGCUCGACACUGUCCAGGACUUUGAGUUCAAUGACAUAAACGACAACCAUGUGGGCGUCGACAUUAACAGCUUGCGUUCAAUCAAAUCUGCUCCUGCAGGCUACUUUGCAGAUCAAAAUGGUUCUUUCAGGGAACUAAAUCUCAUAAGUGGUGACCCAAUGCAGGUUUGGGUGGAAUAUGAUGGCAUCAACAGACAACUUAAUGUUACCAUGUCACCUAUUCACAUACCCAAGCCUGCACUCCCACUCUUAUCCUUGACAAAGGAUCUUUCACCAUUCCUGCUAGAGUAUAUGUACGUGGGGUUUUCAUCCUCCACAGGCUUACUUCAAUCGGAUCAAUACAUACUAGGUUGGAGUUUCAAGAUGAAUGGUCAAGCCCAACAAAUCAAUACGUCUCGCCUUCCGAAGCUCCCCCAAAGUCGACUAGUGAAAGAUGAUAAACAAAUCAAGAGGAUUUUGGCAAUUAUAUUGCCACCAAUAGCAUUUCUUCUACUCCUAAUCCUGAUCUUGGGUUCUUUUUUCAUGACAAGGAUGAAGAAAUUCAUGGAAGUCCUCGAGGAUUGGGAGGUCCAGUAUGGCCCUCACAGAUUUGGUUACAAGGAUCUAUUUAUUGCUACAAAGGGUUUCAAAGACAGAGAACUCCUUGGGCAAGGAGGUUUUGGUAGAGUAUACCGAGGUGUGCUUCCAACGUCAAAUAUACAGGUUGCAGUUAAAAGGGUUGCUCAUGAUUCAAGGCAAGGAUUGAGGGAAUUUGUGGCAGAAAUCGCUACCAUAGGCCGCCUACGGCACCCAAACCUAGUCCGCCUUCUUGGCUACUGCCGGCAUAAGCAAGAACUCCUUCUGGUUUACGAUUACAUGCCGAACGGAAGUCUUGACAGGUUUCUUUACGGCCAGCUCAAGGGGACCCUAAAUUGGAUGCAAAGGUUUAAGAUCAUCAAAGACGUAGCGUCAGGCCUCUUCUAUUUGCACCAACAAUGGGUACAGGUUAUCAUUCACAGAGACAUCAAAGCCAGCAAUGUAUUGGUAGACAACGAAUUCAAUGGAAGAUUAGGGGAUUUUGGGCUUGCCAAGUUAUGUGAUCACGGAACUGAUCUCCAAACCUCUCAUGUAGCCGGAACCCUCGGUUAUAUUGCACCUGAGUUGGCACGUAACGGAAAAGCAAGUACAAGCACUGACUUGUUUGCAUUUGGGGCAUUUAUGCUAGAGGCGGUUUGUGGUAGAAGGCCAGUUGACCGACGAGCCUCUCCAGAGGAAGUCAUUUUGGUAGAUUGGGUAUUCGAGUGCUUGGAAAGGGGCAACAUUCUUGAGGCAAUUGAUAGACAACUAGGUACUGAAUACGUGGUUGAAGAAGCUGAGUUAGUGUUGAAGCUUGGGUUGCUCUGCUCACACGCCAUCGCUGCAGCAAGGCCAAGUAUGACUACCGUCGUGCAAUACUUGGAAGGUAGAGCUCAACUACCUGAUAACUUGGGCGAUAUUAUCAAGUCCCGCGAUUUCAGUGAAGCCUCAAAUGAGCAGGAUGUGCUACCGACUUCUAUUCCUUCAUUGACGAUCUCAGAGCCAUUCACCUCUACAGGCCGUUGAAUUACUUGUUCAUCUAUGACUGCUAGCUUUUUCAACAGAAGCUUUGUUUUAAGUUUCUAUAUAUAUCUUCUACUAAUUAUUUUGCCUUGUAAUCUUAGCCUCUAUUCAAAUCCUACGUGUCUGUAAUAGGGUUCUGAAACGCUGUAUUGGCCAAUGUAAUGGAUGCAGUCAUGUGUAACAUAUAUCGGAUACAUUGAGUGAUGCGCCAAGGAAUUGGGUGUCGCGACCUUGAAUCUGUUUUAGGUACUAGCAAAUGUAUAAUAAACUCCAUUGCUAA